AUGGCGUGCGGCGGUACCCGCAUGGAGUGGUCCUCGCUGCCGGCCGAUCUUGUUCUCGCCAUCUUCGCGCUGCUCCCCUCCGACGCCGACCGCGUCCGCUUCCGCGCCGUCUGCCAGGGGUGGGCCGCGGUGGCAGCGUUCUGGCGCCCGCGGCCGUGGCUCGUCGGCUCCCGCACCGACCGCUCCGGCCAGGGCGCCGCCAUGUCGUCCUUCUGGCUCUCCCAGGCCGGCCGCCUCGUGCCGUUUGCCGCCGCCGUGCCUUCCGGGCUGGAGUACCUCUCCUCCUCCCACGGCUACCUCGUGCUCUCCGACCCCGGGGCCGUCCCCAAGGCGAUUACGCUGGUCAACCCCGUCACCGGCCGGCGCAUCUCGCUCCCUCCCAUCGCCUUCUUCAAGAAGUGGCACGACGUGGCCACCGUCGUGUUCUCGGCCGAUCCGGGCGGGGCCGCCGACUGGGCCGCGGUGGCCGCCGGCUUCCCGGCCAACCGCAUCGCCUACUACAGCUCCGCAUCGGGGGCGUGGACGCCCCUGGAUUUCAGCGCCGCCGGGUACGCCGGGGUCGAGCACUACAGGGGGCGGUUCUACGUGGCCUUCAAGAACCAGCUCUGCGUCAUCUGCGAGCUCGAGUGCGGCGCGCCCCCUGCCGUCAUCCCGCUCGAGCACGUCGACGGCGACGACGGCGGCGGUGGAUCCGACGAUGACGAGCAGGUCCCUGGAAGCGGCAGGUCCGUCGCCCUCGACGCGCACCUGGUGGAGUGCGACGGCCAGCUGCUGCUCGUGUCGGUGCGCGACGAGACGGACUACAACUCGGACAACGACAUUGGCGCGGGCGACGCCGACGCCGACGGCGAGGACAGCACCGGCGGCGGCGGCAGCACCCGCGUGGUCGAGGUGCACAGGGUGGAAUUGGUCGGGGACGGCGCGGUGCGGCUGGUGCGGGUGCAGGACCUCGGCUGGCACGCGCUCUUCCUGGGCCGGAACCGAGCGUUCGCGCUCUCGCCGGCGGACUUCCCGGCGUGCCGCGUCAACUGCGUCUACCUCUUGGACAGGCAGGGCCACCCUGACGGGGUCGUCAGGGUGGUGAACAUGGAGAGCCAGUGGGCUCGCCUCGAGGAGACGAUCUAUCCCGACGACGGCCGGCGAGGUUUGCCCUCGGUCGGCUGGGCUCGCCGUGGCUGGUUCUUCCCAAAUUAUUAGCCCCAGCAUUGUUAUAAGCCUCUAAUUGACUGCUACCGUUUCAACAUUCAUACUUCAAACUACGAUUUUUGGGGUUAUGAACCUUGAGCAUAACACAGUUAAUUUCUUUGACAUCAAUCAGAAAUGUUAUUAUGGGUUUGGUGA